AUGCAUUUCCCCAACCUCGCUACUAUCAUCGCCCUUACGGCUGCUACUGCCGCCGAAGCCUCAAAGGUCAAUCUCGAGGUUGGAUACUUCUCAAUUCUUGUCCCUCCUAUUGGAGGAAACAUUCCCGGAAUUGGCUGUGGACCUUGGGGAAAGAUCACCGGAUCUGAUGGAUCCACGAGCGGUCUCAGUGGCUUCAAGGGCGGCGACGAAUGCCCCAACGCCUCUCGCGUUAACUUCUGCCAAAGGUUCGGAUGUCCGCAGCAUUUGACAGUCAACAACGUCCUUGCUUUUGAAAUCCUCUCUGCCAGUGGGCAGACUCUCCGGGUCAAGGGCACCAAGCUUAAUGGCAAAUCGCAAACAGUGACCUGCGAGCACUCUGUUGUUGAAACAAAGAACCGAAACGGGGGUGUGGAUGUUCGCCAAAACAUUUGCUAUUUCGAUCUUUAG